GGUGAAUGAAAUUAGGGAACUUCUCCACACCUGGCAUCCCUGUCCUCCCUCCACUCACUGCUGGCAGAAUCACACAAAGAAACCCACUGUGUGCAUCAGAGCUUCUGCGUCCUCUCUGGAGACACUGAUUUGUUUCCAACAGACUUCUGACCUCAGUGCAUCUUUUUCGUUUGCUCCACAGCAUCAAAGCUUUCUUUGGGAAGGGAUUUAAACCACGCAAACGGAAUAUCAAGGUGUUUUGCGGCUUUAGGAUUGCACAGAGACCACGAAGGAUCAGGAUUUGUCGUUGCAGCCAGGAUGAUGAUUUAUUGCACCCAAACUCUGCUGUUGCUGUUGUCUCAUGUGGUUCUGUCAGGCCGGGCCCUGACUGUCCCCACAAUCCCUGACAGCUUCUUCUACCACGACUUCCUAAAUGGAAAUGGCAACAAAGAAAUUCAUUUCAGUGGUGUGAAGCUGCAUGUGGACUCUGCUCAGCCAUCAGUGUUUGCGGUCAGAGGGGGUAACGCCACCAUGCCGUGCAGGUUUUGGCACGAGCCUGAGUUGAGCUCACCAAGGGAGGUCCGUGUCAAGUGGUCUUGGCUGCCUGUUGCUGGGGGAGAGGAGAUAGACGUGCUGGUGGUUAUUGGCUCCCGCAGUCGAAGUUUUGGGGAGUUCAGAGGUCGUGUGCAGCUCAGACAGGAUUUCCCAGGAGAUGCCGCACUUGUGAUGACUAAACUCCAGCUGAAUGAUACAGGCCAUUACCGCUGCGAGGUGGUGGACAGACUGGAGGACGAGAGCUCUUCAGUUAAUCUGGAGUUACGAGGUGUGGUGUUUCCCUACCAGCACCCUCAUGGUCAGUACCACCUGAGCUUCCUGGGAGCCAAGCAGGUCUGCGAGGAGCAGGACUCCACAAUGGCCACCUUCACGCAGCUGUUUCAGGCCUGGAAGGAGGGUCUGAACUGGUGCAAUGCAGGCUGGCUGGCUGACGGGACAGUCCAGUACCCCAUCACCCGGCCCAGGAUGCCCUGCGGGGGGCACGGCCUCGCCCCAGGUGUCCGGAGUUACGGCAAACGGCACCCGCACCUUCAUCGCUAUGAUGUCUUCUGCUUCUCGUCUUCCCUCCAAGGUAAAGUCUUUUAUCUUCAGCCCUCUGACAAGAUGACCCUGACUGAGGCUCAGCAGGCGUGUCAGGAGUACGGAGCAGAGAUCGCCAAAGUCGGGCAGCUCUACGCCGCCUGGAAAUUCGCAGGGCUGGACCACUGCGACGCUGGCUGGCUGGCUGACGGAAGCGUCCGGUACGCCAUCACCAGGCCACGAAGAAACUGUGGUCCCUCUGAGCCCGGAGUGCGCAGCUUUGGCUUCCCACCUCCCCAGCACAAGCAUGGAGUCUACUGCUACGAGUCAGAUGAUGAAUGACUGUAGAUCGCCCUCUUCAAAUGUAAAGUUGACACUGAUUUCUUAAAAGAAUAUAUAUCCUUAUGACCAAGAGAGACACAGUCCUAUUUUAUACUUGUUGUGAGGUAUCAUUUUACAUCUUCAUGCCUCUAAAAAUGAUUCAAAUAACAGAGAAAACAGUUAGCUUGGUUAUAGACAGUGUUGAUGGGUCACAAGUAGACAUUGGUUCAUUUUGAUUUUUCUGUUUGACGCUACUGGAUAGAGUGAAAGUGAAGAUAGUGGUAGGAAACACGAGCAGAGAGAGGUAUGUAAGUUCUCCAGCCACAAAUCAAACCAGGUAUGUUGUGGUUAUCUGGUAUAUGCUUUAACCGCUAGGCCACCAGGACGCCCUGACAUUGCUUCAUUUAAAGUGAGAGUUAUAAGCCAAAAAGAUCGGAAACCACUGACUAGUGUAAACCCUUUUUUUUAUUACUAUUAUGUUUACAUCUCAAUAUAUUUUUUAUCCGUACAUUCUUUCUGUUAAUUUCUUUUGUACAUGAGAGCAAAGCAUUUACAAAGAUGUUGUCUCUCCCUUUAUGAUAUAAGCUAUUAAAAUUAAGAUUUUUAAUUUUACUUGGAAUUCUAUGAGCUGAUGAAGACCAUGACUUCUAUGUGGAAUUUAAGUUGUGAUUAAUUACUUUGUUACUGACAGUUCUGCUGUAUAACCAUGUACCUCUGGUGAUUUUCACAUUAUAGAAGGUGUUGGGUGAUUUUGCAGCUUAUUUUUAUAUAACAAAUGCCUUUUCUAACCAUUAAAAUCCUUGCACAGAA